AUGGACAUCCCAGACUUGGCAUGGUUUAAGGUGCUGCUUUUGGUUGCAAAGCACUCUUCUGAAGAUUUGUACAGCAUGGCGGGGACAUGCAAGUUAUUUGAAGAAAUGUUGAAUGAUCCUGAGGUUCGGCAAACCGUGUCUGUAGAGAAGUACCAGUGGCAUCCUGAAUGGUACGGGUUUUAUCAAGAGAACUUGUUGAGUUCUUGCAAAAGUGCAAGGAACACAACAAUCCAGAAAUCAUUUACAGAGAAGCUGAUGAGGUUGUCAACAACUUCCGGGUGCCGGCUAAGGCAGGGCAUAUGGAAUCCUCCUACACUGUUGGCUUGCUAG